AUGGAGAAAAGGGUUGCAAUAAUUGGAACAGGAAUCAGUGGCCUACUUGCUUGCAAAUAUGUUGUACAGCUUGGUUAUAAUCCAAUUGUGUAUGAAGCUGAUGAAGGCAUUGGAGGAGUAUGGAGACAUACUAUUGGGUCCACCAAACUUCAAAACUCUAAACAAACCUAUCAGUUUUCAGAUUUUCCUUGGGAUUCUUCUGUAAAAGAAGAUCGACCAGAUAAUAAGCAAGUGCUAGAUUAUCUUAACUCGUAUGCUCAACAUUUUUCCAUUGUUCCUUAUAUAAGAUUCAAUUCCAAAGUGAUUGAUAUUGAUUAUGUUGGAGAAAGUAAUGAAGAAAUGAAGUCAUGGGAAUUGUGGAGUGGUAAUGGCAUUCCUUUUGGCUCUAAGGGAAAAUGGCAUAUUACUGUCCAAGAUACUAAGAAUUUCUCAACUGAGGUGCACAAGGCUGAGUUUGUAAUUCUUUGCAUUGGAAAAUAUAGCGGUUUUCCAAACUUUCCUGAGUUCCCGCUUGGAAAAGGUCCGGAAAUUUUCAAGGGUAAAGUUAUGCAUUCUAUGGAGUUCUCUUCCUUGGAUAACAAGUUUGCUGCUGAAAUGAUAAAAAACAAGAGAGUUACAGUAGUAGGCUCGGGAAAAUCAGGUCUUGAUAUAGCUGCUGAAUGUGCAGAUGCAAAUGGAGUCACACGUCCUUGUACGAUUAUCUAUAGAAACGCACAUUGGUUUCUACUUGAAUUCAGCAUUUGGAGCAUUAGUAUUGGAUAUUUCUAUUACAGUCGUUUUGCAGAACUUUUAGUUCACAAGCCUGGGGAAAACUUCUUUCUUUUCCUUCUAGCCACUUUACUUACACCAUUGAGAUGGGCAAUUUCAAAACUUGUUGAAACAUAUCUGAAAUGGAAAUUGCCACUAAAAGAAUAUGGAAUAGUACCUAAUCACAGUUUUCAUCAAGAACUCUCUGCAUGUCAAUUUGGCUUGUUUCCUGACUUCUUUUUUGACAAACUCAAAGAAGGAUCCAUCAGGAUAAAGAAAUCACAAAGCCUAAGCUUCUGCAAUGAAGGUUUGAUUGUUGAUGGAGAUGCUAAGCCUAUAGAAUCAGACUUAGUUAUUUUUGCUACAGGUUAUAAAGGUGACCAAAAGCUUAGAAGCAUAUUCAAAUCUCCAAUAUUCCAAAAGUACUUUAGUAUGCCAGAAAAAUCAUCAGUUCCCCUUUACAGGCAUAUAAUUCAUCCUCGAAUUCCACAAGUGGCAAUGAUAGGAUACACGGAGAGCAUAUCAAAUGUUUUUACAAAUGAAAUAGGAUGUCAGUGGGUAGCACAAUUUUUAGAUGGAAACAUUGAAUUGCCAAGUAUUAAAGAGAUGGAAAAGAAUGUGAAAUUAUGGGAAGAGAACAUGAAGCAGUAUGCUAGAGAUAAUUUUGGGAGAACAUGCAUUGUUAGUUGUGGGAUAUGGUAUACUGAUCAGUUGUGCAAAGACAUGAAAUGUAACCCCAAAAGGAAGAAGAAUCAUUUUGCAGAGCUAUUUGAACCAUAUGGACCAUCUGAUUAUACUGACCUAUUUCAACAACAUGGAGCUACCAAUAAUAAUGGUCUUGUUCGUAAAUGA